AGGUUUCGACAUUUCUUCAUGCAUGCGAGGGGGAUGCUGUGACCAAGCUGACCAACGAGAAAAUACCCUACUUUAAUGCCCCAAUUUAUCUGCAUAAUAAGACGCAAAUAGGAAAAGUUGAUGAAAUCUUCGGUCCAAUCAAUGAAUCUUAUUUUUCUAUCAAAAUGAUGGAAGGCAUUAUAGCAACUUCAUAUUCAGCCGGUGAUAAGUUCUACAUCGACCCUGCUAAGCUUUUGCCACUUGCAAGAUUUCUUCCGCAGCCAAAAGGACAGCCUCAAGCUGCUGGAAGAGGUGGUGGCCGUGGAGGACGAGGUGGUGGUAGAGGUGGUGGUCGUGGAGGUUCUUUUCGUGGAAGAGGUGGUCCAAGGGGUGGCAGAGGUGGACCGCCCAGAGGUGGUCGUGGUGGAGGUUUUAGGGGCAGAGGGGGGAGAUCAUAGAACAAUAUAUCCUGUAACACUAGCAAUGACAGUGACCAUCUUUUCCCAAAAAAUGCUUUAGAGACAUGACCAUAAAAGUUUGUGUUAGUUAAUUUGGUUUGUCAAUGGAGUUAAAUUUGCUUCACAUAUUUACUUGAAUCUUAGUUGCUCUGCCUGCUUAGAAUUUACUGAUUUACCAAA